AUGAAACUGGACACAGUUUUUAAAUUCCUGCUGGUCGUAGUCAUCCUCUUCACAGUGCAGCAAAUAUGUCCCCUACAUGAGAUGCGCAGGAAGCUGCAAAAUGGGACCCUGGUGCCCUGGGUGAAGGGUGCACUGAGCAAACUGUGUUCCCACUUUUGCUUUAAGAGCAUCCAAAGGGACAUGGAGAUAUUUUACCACGACAAGUACAUAGUCCCGAGGCCGUGUUACUUUUUAUUUUUCAUUGUUAGCGCUUGCCUGACUUUGGUUGCCAAGUGGUUGAUGCACAGGGUUUCACACCCGCUGGGUGAGCGCUGGAUCCCCCGCAAGAAAUGGAGCGAACGCAUACGGAAGAUCAAGGUAGCCAGGUUCAACCUGAUGUUUUUCAACCUGUUUUACUUCACCCUAAUUAGUGCACUUGGUUUUGUUGCGCUGAGGGGCCAGACGUUCUUCCCCCACGAAAUGGGCGGCCAGGGCAAGCUCAGCGAUUACUUUGCAGGCUACCCCAACCAGAAAACGUCCAGUCUUAUACACCUGUAUUACUUCCUAAAUGGAGGGUAUCUCCUCACAUCUGUGUAUUCUCUACUCAUGGCUGAGAAGCUGCCGGAUUUUUGUGAGAACUUCCUGCAACACCUGUGUGCAGUUAUCCUGGUUUACUUUUCCUACGGCCAGAACUUCCUUCGAGUUGGGUCCAUCAUCAUGCUCUGCCAUGACAUAUGCGAGGUUUUCUCGUCCGCGUGCCGCGUCUUUGUCGACACGAGACACAAAGUCGUGACGGUCAGCUCCUUCUGCAUCCUCUUCACAAGCUGGGGAUUCCUCCGCCUGUAUAUUUUCGCCAAGAGGUGUAUACUACCAGUGCAUAGAAACCUCCACAUGCUUGACCCCCUCAUUGGGUACGAAGCUUGCGUGUGGCUAACAUUUCUGUUGCUGGUUAUUUUGCUAAUGAAUGCAUACUGGUUUGUCCUCAUGGGAAAAAUGUUUAUUCACUUCGUUGCGAGUGGGAAGACGGAAGACAUUUUGACGCGGGUGGACGAGCUGGAGGAGGGGGAGAAGAAGGUCCAGUGA